AUGUCUUCCUCGGACAACAAAGUCUCGGAGGCCGAAGUGCGCAAGGCUCAAGCAGACUGGUCGAGGGCAAUUGUUCGAAUCUCGAAAAUCUACUUGGAUGGAGGCGACUAUAUUGCUGCUGCUGGUGAGGCCGCGGGUGACCUCUAUGGCUACGGCUACACGAACGUGCUCUUCAAGCCAACCAAGGCCAAAGACUGCCAGUUCCGCCCGAUGGCAUCCCAGGCUUUGUCGUACUUCGUCGGCUGCAAUGCAGUGGAAGAUGGUAUUCCGGAAGACGGAGGUUUCGCAAUCAACGGUGGCAAAGGCUGGUCGGAGGUUGUGUUUGACAACCACCAGAUCAACUUGAAAGGCAACGUCGCCAUUGCAAUGGGAAACUACUAUUUCACAAGCACUGCAGAUGGCAGCAAGACCAAGGCGGACGUGCAAGCUGUGCAGACUGCCUGGGCCAAUGCCAUCAAGUCUAUCUCCAAGACUUACCUUGAGGGAGGCGACUAUGUGGCAGCCGCGGCCAAGGCAGCGGGCGAGCUCUACGGCUACGGCCACACGAACGUGCUCUUCAAGCCCACCAAGGCAGCUGAUGCGCAGUUCCGUCCGACGGCCGAGGAUGCCAUGUCAUACUUUGUCGGGCACAAGGCGGUUAAGGACGGUUAUUCGGAGGAUGCCGGUUUCGCCAUCAACGGCGGCAAGGGCUGGUCGGAUGUGGUUUUCGAGAACCACCAGAUCGAUGUGACUGGUAAUGUUGCCAUUGCAAUGGGAAAUUACUACUUCACCAGCGCAAGCGAUGGAAGCAAGACCAAGGUUGAGUACACAUUCGGCUACAAGCGCAACAACGACUGCAAAGUGCGCAUCUUUCUGCACCACUCGUCGGUUCCAUUUAGCCUUUCCAUUUCGGAGGCAGAAGUGCAAGCAGUGCAGGGUGCCUGGGCCAAUGCCAUUAAAUCGAUCUCGAAGACGUAUCUUGCUGGAGGCGAUUACGUUGCUGCUGCAGCCAAAGCAGCGGGCGAGCUCUACGGCUACGGCCACACGAAUGUGCUCUUCAAGCCCACCAAGGCA